GGAGUCCUUGGGCUGGUGCUGUAACUAGAGAGCCGCUGGGGCGGUGGGCACCUCCGAAGACAUGAGGGAACCGGAUGACCAGGACACUGAUGGAGGGAGAUCAGAUAGAUCAAGGAGUGUUGGGAAGCAUUCUGGAUCAGAAUCAAAAUUGUUUCCAAGAGAAGCUCCAGAAGAUACCACAAAUGAAACAUUUACUGAAGGGGAAGAAUCAUAUUUAGAUGAUGAGAAUGAUUUGGAAAAUAUGGAAGAGCGUUCAACUUCAUCUGAAGAGUAUUUUCACAGUGGUAGAACAUCUCAGUUACCUUCUGCUGUGGAAGAGGUGGAGGAGGAAGUUAAGAAGAAAAUCUCAGAGAACUUCUACGAUUACUCAGAACUUGUUUUCAUGCCUUUUGUAUCUCCAGAUUCAAAUAUCCCACUGGAUUUUCUCACCCUUCAGCAUUCUUUUGGCUAUGACUGCAAGAAGCGAGCCAACCUGCAACUCCUGGACAGCAAUACAGUGAUGUACAUCGCUGGGAACCAACUGGUCCUGCUGGACUUUAGAUCCAAGGAGCAAAUAUACCUGCAAAGUAGCAGCGGUCAAGGAAUCGGUGCCAUUGGGGUUCAUCCACAGAAAACUUACUUUGCAGUAGCUGAAAAAGGAAGUUUUCCAAAUAUUAUCAUCUAUGAGUAUUCUUCUCUGAGACCCUACAGAAUCCUUCGAGAUGGGACUGAGAGGGCCUAUGCUUAUGUAGACUUCAACAGCGAAGGUACCUUGCUGGCCUCUGUUGGUUGUAACCCUGAUUACACAAUAACCAUCUGGAAUUGGAAGGAAGAGAUACCCACACUGAGGACAAAAGCUUUUUCUCAAGAUGUUUUUAAGGUCACUUUCAAUCCUGAAGAUGAUGAGCAGCUCACCACAUCGGGAUCAGGUCAUAUCAAGUUCUGGGAAAUGGCCCUUACAUUCACUGGUCUCAAGCUGCAAGGAUCACUGGGUCGAUUCGGCAAAACAUCCACUAGUGAUAUAGAAGGCUACACAGAGCUCCCAGAUGGGAAGGUGCUCUCGGGUUCGGAAUGGGGCAACCUGCUGCUGUGGGAAGGUAGUCUCAUCAAGGUGGAGCUCUGCCGUACUGGAAUGAAGUGUUGUCACCAAGGUCCCAUUAACCAGAUAAUGCUGGAUGAGGGGGAAGUGAUCACUGCUGGCUCAGAUGGCUGUGUUAGGAUAUGGGACUUUGAGACAAUAGAUACUGCUGACAUCAUAGAUGAAACUGGGUUGUUGGAGAUUGAACCUAUUAAUGAGCUUCAAGUAGACAAGAAUGUCAACCUCUUCUCAAUGAUAAAAAUGAAUGAAGUUGGAAAUAACAUUUGGUUGGCUCAGGAUGCCAGUGGGGCCAUAUGGAAGCUCGACCUGAGUUUUUCAAAUAUUACCCAGGAUCCAGAAUGUCUCUUUUCUUUCCAUUCCGGAGCUAUUGAAGCCUUGGCUAUUUCUCCUCUCACUUAUCUCAUGGCUACAACGGCCUUGGACUGCUCUGUUCGCGUCUAUGAUUUUGCUAGCAGAACUCCUUUGGCCCAGAUGAAAUUUAAGCGAGGUGGGACUUCACUCACUUGGGUACCGCAAACAGUCAGCUACUCUGGAGCACAAAUAAUCGUAGGAUUCCAAGAUGGUGUUGUUCGGAUUCUUGAACUUUAUGAUUCAAAAGGGUUGACAGUUUUUGCAGGACGAAAGAAAGUUUUAGAUGCUGAACUUCACUUGAAGCAUGUCUUUAAACCCCAUACUGCUGAAGUCACUGCUUUAGCUUAUGAGCGUGUUGGAGAAAUCCUAGCCACAGGGAGCAAAGAUCAAACCGUCUUCUUUUUUGAUGUGGAAAAGGAUUACAAGCCAAUUGGUUAUAUCAAUACUCCUGGACCUGUUUGCCAAUUGUCAUGGUCUCCAGUUACUCAUACUGAAAGUACUUUAAUGAUUAUUUGUGAGAAUGGUUAUAUUCUUGAAGCUCCAUAUCCACCCAUUAAGGAUGAAGAGGAUCCCAGUGUUGUCUCCUAUGAAAUCCAUAACUUGUGCAUCAGAUAUUUCCAUUUCUCAAGUAUCAAAUCUAAGAUUGUGAGAUUAAAAGAAAUUGAAAGGAGGGAGAAACAAAAGGCAUUGAAGGAGAAGGAAAGAGAGCUCAGGUGGAAGAGGCUAGCAGGAGAGAGAGAAGAGGAUGGGGAGAAGGAAGCCCUGGAGGAGGAGGGCGACAAGGAGGAAGAGGAGGAAGAGGUGCCACUACCUGAAAUCUUCAUUCCGCCAAGUCCCUCUCCUAUCCUUUGUGGCUUUUACUCUGGACCAGGGACGUUCUGGGUUUCAUUGGGCAGCUAUGAUUCUGGUUUUCUGUAUCACUGUGAAUUUCCUCCAUAUGUGGAAAAAUGUGAUUUCCAAAACCAGGAAAAUGAACCAUUUGAUUUCUGUUUUCUUGAGGAUACAGAUGAUAACCCUGUCCAAACAAUCAUUUUCAGUGUUAACCAAACUAUGAUGUUUUGUGGAAUGAGAAAUGGAGCAAUUCGAGUUUAUCUCCUAAGUCAGAAUGAUCUUUCAUUGAACAGUUUGCAAGACUACUGGCAUUUCAAUGUGCAUGACAAUGAUUAUGGGUGUAUUAAAAGCAUCUCCACUAGCUUUGAUGACCAGUUCUUGGUGACUGCUGGGGCAGAUGGUAAUAUCUUUGUUUUCAGCAUUUAUUCUGAAUUUAUGUUAAAGAGAGAAUUCAAAGCCAAAGUGCCAUCUCCCAGGUUUGGAAUUGAAUUAGAGCCAAUUCCAGAAGAUAUUGAAGAUCCCAAAGCCUAUAGUAUUGAGAACGCCAGGAGGAAAAGGGAACAGGACAAGUUAAUGAAAGAAGCUGAAGAAGUCAAAGCUCGCAAGAGAGAGCAAAUUAAAGCCUUGAGGGACGAAUUUUGGAAAUUGUUAGCAAUGAAUAAAGAAUUACCAAAGCACAUGCAGUUUAAACAGACUGAUUUUGAUAUUGAUGCCAAAAUUCGUGCUGAUAUCAGUAGGAAAACAGUUCACAAAAUCCAACAAGUGGAAAAGGAAUUAGCUUGGGAAAAACAGAAAUAUGAACUUGGCCUGAAGAAGCUUCAGAACAGAUUUCGUGAUCCAUUGGAAAGUGACAUUGUUGUGGUCUAUGCUAUCCAGAGUGAACACCAGAUUUCCUCCUAUAGACUGGUGAAGCCCUCCAAGUAUUCCGAAUUCAAACGAUCAAGUCCGUCAGAGAGAAGACUAAGCAAAAUGGAGAGAUUUGAAGGACCUGGAAAAAAGGAGAGCCAGAAAGACACAGGUGGGACUGUUAACAUGCAAGAAGAAUCAAUAAUAGAAAAAGGGAAGAAAAUUCGACCUAGAACCCUAAGCGAAAUUAUGGUAGGAAAUCAAAUUGAGAAGAUGAAGAAACUUACACAAAAAUCUGAAAGGGCCAAACUCAAAAUUGUACAGCGCAAAAAGGAAUGGGAAGAGCUAUACAAAAGCAAACCUGAUGAUGACUAUGAAGAUCCUAAAGAUGUUCAAGCCAUCAAAGAAGCCCAGACAUACAUGGGAGAUUUCAAUCUGAAGACAGCCGCAGACUACAAGAUCCCUGAGCACAUGAGGAUAAAUGCCGCCAAGAAGGAAGAGGAGCUGGGACAGCUUGACGUGAUGGCUCAUGGAAAGAAAAGGUACAUGAACAAGUGCAUCCUUUCUCUUCGAGAUCUUAAGUUGGCUAUUGUUGAGGAAAUCCAGUGUCUGGUACAAGAACUGAAGACCAUUCAGUUAUCCAUUCCCAUGUCCAAGCAUAUACCCAUUCCCCAAGUCCCCCAGAUACACCCAGAAGAAGAUCCCGAAAAGAGAUUUCAAUAUGAUGAGGAAACUCUCAUGAGGUUUAAGAGAAAACAUGAGAAAUGUCAGACUGAAAAGACCGACCAUUCGGAACAGUCAGGGUCUAGUGUCUCGGGCGGAGGAGGAUUCCUCAAACUGUCUUCUGGAAAGGAAGGAAAUUUAACAACAAGGGAUUCAUUGUCUAGGUCAUCCAAGGGAGGAUUAAGCAUAGAUGUUCCAAAGUUGUUAGAGUUUGAGAAAGCAGAGCCAACUGAAGUGGAAGUGGAGAUCAUGAAGAGAGAUGAAGUUAAACACUUAUACAUGCAGCAGUAUUUGACCAACAGGAUCAAAGAACUGAUUGUCUCUUUUGAUGCAGAGCUUCAUCUUCUGAGACAUCGGAAACUGAAGCUCGAUAUUAAGAUGAAAUUAUCUGACCUACAUCAUGUCACAUUAUUUCAAGAGAUGCUUCUUCUCAAGAAUUUUGAAAAACAAGAAAAUACACUUCAAGAGCGUGUGAAUUCUUUAGACAAGGAGCAGCAAGAAAUGCAGUGGAAAACAAAUGAAACUCUUAAAGAGAUGGAAGAGAAAAAGAAUGAAAUUGCCAAGCUCCAGGAACAGGAAAAAGCACUCUAUGCUGGGUUCCAAGCAGCCCUUGGAGAAAAUAAUAAAUUUGCAAACUUUCUCAUGAAGAUCCUAAAGAAGAAAAUUAAGCGGGUAAAGAAAAAGGAAGUUGAAGGGGGUGCUGAUGAAGAUGAGGAGAGUGAGGAAUCAAGUGAAGAUGAAUCCAGCUUAGAGAGUGAUGAGGAUGCAUCUGGAUCUGAAGAUGAAGUGUUUGAUGAUUCUAUCUGCCCAUCAAAUUGUGACUUAAAUCUUUUUGAACUGGCUCUCCAACUUCGAGAGAAAAGGCUGGACAUUGAGGAAGCCUUAGUUGAAGAAAAGAAAAUUGUUGAUAACCUCAAAAAGGAAUAUGAUACAUUCUCCAAGAAAAUAAAAGUUGUGGCAACAAAUCUGCAUGCCGCCGAAGAAGCUGUGGAGGCUUUUCAGCGGGAGAAGCAGCAGCGGCUGAACGAACUGCUGGUUGUGAUUCCUCUCAAGCUCCACCAGAUAGAAUAUAUGGUUAUGGGGGAAGUACCUGAUGAUCUUUCUGGAACUUUGGUCUUCUCUAACCACUCCCUGGGACGGCUGCAAGAACGAAUCAUUCAGCUCCAAGAGGAAAAUUCCAAGCAGCAGAAACUGAACAAAGAAUGCCGGGAGAGGCGUAAACUGCUCAUCCGAGAGAAAAAAGAGAUGGCAAAAACCAUACGUAAAAUGGAAGAAACAGUCCGUGAAUUAAUGAUCAGCAAGUUUGGCCGGGUGGUCGAUCUGGAAGCCCUUCAGACACUUUCUGUUAAUACAACACUUGAAGAACUGAAGAUCAAAAAACUUCAAAAGGAGCUAUCCAAUGCAAAGGAAAUGAAGAUGUGGGAGGAAAAGAUUGCUCAAAUGAGAUGGGAAAUCAUGAUGAAGACAAAAGAACACACCAAGAAACUUCAUCAGAUGAAUGAUUUAUAUGUGGAAAAGCAGAAACUUGAUUCUCGGUUGAAUAAACUCCAGAACCAGAAGGGCAGUGCCUUCCAGGGCCCUCGGAAAGCAGAUAUUAUCGCAAGACAGAAGGUCACUGAAUUGAUCCAAACCCAGUCAGAAAAGAUUUUGGUCUUAAAGAAGGAGAUUGCUUUUUUGAGGAAGAAAGGAGGCCUUAUCCUCCCACCCAUCCUGUCUAGACAGGAGAAUAAAUGAGGCCCGUGAACACU